AUGAUGAACGUGGCCAGCGUGAAAGAAUUUUUUCCAGUAGAUGCAAGAGAUAACCUGAGGAGCUUUAGUGAGGUCUCGUCUUGGCUCUGCCAGGAGCCGGAGCCCUGCCACCCCGGCUUUGACGCCGAGAGCUACACGUUCACGGUGCCCCGGCGGCACCUGGAGAGAGGACGCGUCCUGGGCAGAGUGAGUUUUGAAGAUUGCACCGGUCGACAAAGGACAGCCUAUUUUUCCCUCGACACCCGAUUCAAAGUGGGCCCAGAUGGUGUGAUUACAGUCAAAAGGCCUCUACAGUUUCAUAACCCACAGAUCCAUUUCUUGGUCUACGCCUGGGACUCCACCUACAGAAAGUUUUCCACCAAAGUCACGCUGAAUACAGUGGGGCACCACAGCCGCACCCCGCCCCUUCAUGCCUCUGUUUCUGGAGUCCAAGCAGAAUUGCUCACAUUUCCCAACUCCUCUCCUGGCCUCAGAAGACGGAAGAGAGACUGGGUUAUUCCUCCUAUCAGCUGCCCAGAAAAUGAAAAAGGCCCAUUUCCUAAAAACCUGGUUCAGAUCAAAUCCAACAAAGACAAAGAAGGCAAGGUUUUCUACAGCAUCACUGGCCAAGGAGCUGACACACCGCCUGUUGGUGUCUUUAUUAUUGAAAGAGAAACAGGAUGGCUGAAAGUGACAGAGCCUCUGGAUAGAGAAAACAUUGCCACAUACACUCUCUUCUCUCAUGCUGUGUCAUCCAACGGGAAUGCAGUUGAGGACCCAAUGGAGAUUUUGAUCACGGUGACCGAUCAGAAUGACAACAAGCCCGUGUUCACCCAGGAGGUCUUUAAGGGGUCUGUCAUGGAAGGUGCUCUUCCAGGGACCUCUGUAAUGGAGGUCACAGCCACAGACGCGGACGAUGAUGUGAACACCUACAAUGCCGCCAUCGCUUACAGCAUCCUCAGCCAAGAUCCUGAGCUGCCUGACAAAAAUAUGUUCACCAUUAACAAGAACACAGGAGUCAUCAGUGUGGUCACCACUGGGCUGGACCGAGAGAGUUUCCCUAUGUAUACCCUGGUGGUUCAAGCUGCUGACCUUCAAGGUGAAGGGUUAAGCACAACAGCAACAGCUGUCAUCACAGUCACUGACACCAAUGAUAACCCUCCAGUCUUCAAUCCCACCACGUACAAGGGUCAAGUGCCUGAGAAUGAGGCUAACUUCGUAAUCACCACACUGAAAGUGACUGAUGCUGACGUCCCCAAUACCCCAGCGUGGGAGGCUGUAUACACUAUAUUGAAUGAUAAUGACGGACAAUUUGUUGUCACCACAAAUCCAGUGACCAACGAUGGCAUUUUGAAAACAGCAAAGGGCUUGGAUUUUGAGGCCAAGCAGCAGUACAUUCUACACGUGGCAGUGACGAACGUGGCGCCUUUUGAGGUCUCUCUCACCACCUCCACAGCCACCGUCACCGUGGAUGUGCUGGAUGUGAACGAAGCCCCCAUCUUUGUGCCUCCAGAAAAGAGAGUGGAAGUGUCCGAGGACUUUGGCGUGGGCCAGGAAAUCACAUCCUACACUGCCCGGGAGCCAGACACAUUUAUGGAACAGAAAAUAACGUAUCGGAUUUGGAGAGAUGCUGCCAACUGGCUGGAGAUUAAUCCGGACACUGGUGCCAUUUCCACUCGGGCUGAGCUGGACAGGGAGGACGUUGAGCAUGUGAAGAACAACACGUACACAGCCCUCAUCAUAGCUACAGACAAUGGUUCUCCAGUUGCUACUGGAACAGGGACUCUUCUGCUGAUCCUGUCUGAUGUGAAUGACAACGCCCCCAUACCAGAAUCUCGAAAUCUAUUCUUCUGCGAGAGGAAUCCAAAGCCUCAGGUCAUAAACAUCAUUGAUGCAGACCUUCCUCCCAAUACAUCUCCCUUCACAGCAGAACUAACGCAUGGGGCGAGUGCCAACUGGACCAUUGAGUACAACGACCCAACCCAAGAAUCUAUCAUUUUGAAGCCAAAGAUAGCCUUAGAGGUGGGUGACUACAAAAUCAAUCUCAAACUCAUGGAUAACCAGAAGAAAGACCAAGUGACCACCUUAGAGGUCAGCGUGUGUGACUGUGAAGGGGUCGCCGGCAUCUGUAAGAAGGCACCGCUUGUCGAAGCAGGAAUGCAAAUUCCUGCCAUUCUGGGGAUUCUUGGAGGAAUUCUUGCUUUGCUAAUUCUGAUUCUGCUGCUCUUGCUGUUUCUUCGGAGGAGAGCGGUGGUCAAAGAGCCCUUACUGCCCCCAGAGGAUGACACCCGGGACAAUGUUUAUUACUAUGAUGAAGAAGGAGGUGGAGAAGAGGACCAGGACUUUGACUUGAGCCAGUUGCACAGGGGCCUGGACGCUCGGCCUGAAGUGACUCGUAACGACGUUGCACCAACCCUCCUGAGUGUCCCCCGGUACCUUCCCCGCCCUGCCAAUCCUGAUGAAAUUGGAAAUUUUAUUGAUGAA